AUGAUUCAUCACAGCUUUUAGGGCGGAUCUUCAAUUAAGGGAGUCACUCUUGUUGCACAGGGAAGUGUCUGCAGUCCUUCCUUCUUGUUGAAGGAGAAGGGAACAGAUGUAGAGACAGACAUGUCUUUUAUUUUUGCCUAUUUGCUGGUUUUCCUGGCUGGCUGCUCUGGUUGUCAGCACCAUGUGUGUCACUGCUCUGGCAGGGUAUUUAUUUGUCAGGAAAGCAAGGUGAUCCAGAUUCCUCGGGACAUUCCCAAGAACUCCACUGAACUGAGAUUUGUCCUUACCAAGAUGAGAGUUAUUGCAAAAGGAGCUUUCACAGGACUUGGUGACCUAGAGAAAAUAGAGAUCUCACAGAAUGAUGCAUUGGAGGUCAUAGAAGCAAAUGUGUUUUCCAACCUUCCCAAACUACAUGAAAUAAGAAUUGAGAAGGCUAACAACCUUGUAUACAUUGAUCAAGAUGCUUUCCAAGACCUUCCAAACCUCAGAUAUUUGUUAAUAUCAAACACUGGCCUUAGGUUUUUACCUGCUCUCCGCAAGGUUCAGUCUUUCCAGAAAGUUUUGCUAGAUAUUCAAGACAAUAUCAAUAUACGUACAAUUGAAAGCAAUUCGUUCAUGGGCCUGAGUUCAGAAAGUGUGAUUAUAUGGCUAAAUAAAAAUGGAAUUCGAGAAAUUGAGAAUCAUGCAUUUAAUGGAACCUAUCUGGAUGAGCUAAAUCUUAGUGAUAACCACAACCUAGAAAAAUUACCAAAUGAAGUCUUUCACGGAGCCAAUGGCCCAGUUGUUUUGGAUAUUUCAAGGACAAGAAUCAGUUUCCUGCCAAGUCAUGGAUUAGAACUCAUUAAGAAGCUAAGAGCAAGGUCUACAUACAAUUUAAAAAAACUUCCUGAUUUAAGCAAAUUCAGUUCUUUGAUUGAGGCAAACUUCACCUAUCCUAGCCAUUGCUGUGCAUUUACAAACUGGAAAAGACAAAACACUGAAUUACAUCCAAUAUGUAAUAUAUCUCAGGCCAAGCAAGACCUUGAUGCACAGCAUGGUGAUAAGAUGCACAGACGAUCUGCGGCUGAAGAUUAUAUUUCCUACUAUGGCAUAGGUUUUGACCCAGCAGAGAAUGAAUUUGACUAUGGUUUAUGCAAUGAAAUAGUUAAUGUAGUUUGUUCACCUAAACCUGAUGCUUUCAAUCCAUGUGAAGACAUCAUGGGAUACAAUAUUCUCAGAGUCCUGAUAUGGUUUAUCAGCAUCUUAGCUAUCACUGGGAACAUUGUUGUCCUUGUUAUUUUAAUCAGCAGUCAAUACAAACUCACUGUACCUCGGUUUCUAAUGUGCAAUCUUGCAUUUGCAGACCUCUGCAUAGGUAUCUAUCUCUUGCUGAUUGCAUCUGUAGAUAUUCAGACCAAAAGCCAGUAUUAUAACUAUGCCAUAGACUGGCAAACUGGGGCAGGAUGCAAUGCUGCAGGAUUUUUUACGGUGUUUGCAAGUGAACUCUCCGUCUACACACUGACUGCAAUAACUCUGGAGAGAUGGCAUACCAUCACCUACGCCAUGCAGUUGGACCGCAAGGUUCGAUUUCGUCACGCUGUGGUUAUAAUGAUUUUUGGCUGGAUGUUUGCCUUCACGGUUGCGCUUCUCCCCAUCUUUGGAGUCAGCAGCUAUAUGAAGGUCAGCAUCUGUUUGCCCAUGGAUAUAGAAACCCCAUUUUCUCAGGCUUAUGUUAUAUUUCUUUUAGUGUUGAAUGUACUCGCAUUUGUGAUCAUAUGUGCCUGCUAUAUCUGCAUCUAUUUUACUGUGAGAAACCCUAAUGUCAUCUCUUCAAACAGUGACACCAAGAUUGCCAAACGCAUGGCCAUACUGAUCUUCACAGACUUUCUCUGUAUGGCGCCAAUAUCUUUUUUUGCAAUAUCUGCCUCACUAAAGGUUCCUCUCAUCACAGUGUCCAAAUCCAAGAUUCUUCUGGUUUUGUUUUACCCCAUCAAUUCAUGUGCCAACCCUUUCCUCUAUGCCAUUUUCACAAAGACUUUCCGAAGGGAUUUCUUCAUUUUGUUGAGCAAGUUUGGUUGCUGCGAAAUGCAAGCCCAGAUUUAUAGAACAGAGACCUCCUCAUCUGCUCAUAAUUUCCACACAAGAAAUGGCCAUUACACUCCUGCAUCAAAAAACAGUGAAGGUACUAUUUAUUCACUGGUUCCUCUGAAUCAUUUGAACUGAAAUAUUUCCAUGAAUUUGUGUCUGAGGCAAUGUGAUAAUCACAUUCAACUGUGAAUUUGAAUAAUGGCUUCAGCAUAGUAUGUAAAAUUAUUUUUUAUGGGGAAAUGUUUUUAUUUCCAUUUUGUGGGGUUUUUUGUUCAAUGAACAGCUAUCAGAAAUAACACAAAAUCAUCAUCUGUUCUUGAAGGAUGAAAAAGUAAAACUUUAGUAUGCGCCAAAAUGUCGUUGCAGAAUUGUCUCAAGAAAUAAAUGAGUUGUAUAAACUGGUAGCUCCCACUAUACUUCAUUGUAGGAAGAUGUUAGCUGCUUACUGAGAAUUAAGUACUGGCGAUAUACGGGUGAAAGAAAAAGUAUGUAGAAUUAAUUUUUUUGUCUGUGAAGCAUGCUGUAACAAUGACAAAGUAAUUAGCUUUUUUUUAAUUAAUUAGAUCUCCUGGGGUUACAGGAGACAGAAUGCCAAUUUACACUCUUCCUUCAGCACAGGCUUACUGGGAAUGAGACUAUUGUGUUGUUUCCAUUUCUGUUUGCCACAGCAGAUAACUAGGAGGCAUCUCCAGGUAGACUGGUGUUAGCAGUUCAACGCCGUAUGGACCUGCCUUACUCUGCACAGAAGUGUCACUUUGGGUAGGAUUUGUGUGGAUCUAGACUGUUAGGGUCACAGAACUGGAUUACAGUUGAGUUUGGAUCAAGGAGUUUGGGUUUUUGUUUUCAAGAUGAGAAAGAGCAAGAAUAAGAGCAGGAGAAGCCCUUUGUAACAAGAAGGAUGUUUUCUCAAGUUGGGCUCACAAGGUUGGGUUGGAAUGGCUUUUGUGAGGUUGAUCCUUUGGGUAUGCCAGCGCAGGCCAAUGUGCUGCUUUAAAGUGACUCCUCAGGCAUGUUUCCCGUAGAGCAGUAUUGGUGCUAUGUACUCUUCGGGCUACGCAAGGGCUUUCAGAUCCAGACACAGCUUUUGAAAACCUGAGCCAAAGGUUUUGUGAAAUCUAAAAGUUCUCU